AUGUCCGCACCAAACAUGCUGUCGGAGGAGCGUAUUGACUCAUGGCGCCAGCGCGUUCCUAGUCGUCUUGAUCGUGAUGAUCCGUUCAAGGGCGAUGGGUUCAAUGAACGCCCUUCAACACGACUGACCUUCCGUGAAGCUUCUCCACCUCCACGUCGUCCUCAUACACGACUGGGUUUCCUCCGUGCAGCUACACCUCUGUUUGGACGCUCCUCUACACCCUCUAGUCGUCCCGCUUCAGGCAUGACUGAACGACAUGCGGAGAGUAAUCGAACUCUCGUACUCACUCUUCUCAGUCGUAAGCGCAAGAGAAAGGAGGAUGAGGUUGAAAUUCCUCGUGAACCUGUUCGCUUGAACUUUUUGUUUGUUGGUAGUAAAGGGUCUGGGCAGACAUCUCUACUAUUCCGGUCUCGUUAUGGCUACUUCCCUCACUCUGAUGCCUUUGCCCGUCCACUGUACGAGACAUAUGACACUUCAGGCGUACCAGACUUGAACACUGUUGAAAAGUUGACCUAUAUCGAAUGGGAUGCUAUAUUCCUCUGUUUCGACAUUUCGGACAAGAUGUCCAUGUACACAAUUGUUCAAUGGUGGAAUAAUGCUUCUAAUCACGGAUUCGCCAAGUCGGCCACUUUUGAACCCCUGUUGUAUCUUGUCGGUCUCAAGAAGGAUAUUCGCGACCAGUGCUUUUUGGAAGAUCAUCGAACUGAUUCCGCAGCGAAUUUGUCUUCGGAUUUGAUCGUGUAUCCUACUUGCUGCGUCAGUCCUUCAGAGGCAUCAUGGCAAGCAAUGAGAAUUGGAGCUCAGAAAUACAUCGAGUGUUCAGCUGCUACCGGAGAGGGAAUGAAGGAUGUCAUUGACGGCACUGGACGAGACGCAAUGCGAAAGAUUGUCGGCGAGGAGUGGCUUAAAGAUGAGGUUGUUGCUUCCAAGAAGAAACGUCGGUUCUUCUGA